CCACAUCAGUAUUGCCCCCUUUUAUUCUUCUGCAUAUUUUCAAUUCUUCUCUCGUAAGGACCGUCUACUAUCCGUUAUCGUGCUUUAGGACAGAGAGCAUUGACUGAAUACCGGAUAACUGGUUUGCAGUGGACGCUGCCAUCAUGAGUCUCCUGAAACUCCCAAAUGAGAUCCUAUUUCUCAUCGCUAAUUUCUCAGAAUAUUCCUGGAAUAUAAGCGCGCUCUCCCAGACAAAUCGUUAUCUACAUUCCUUGCUGAAUGGCUAUGCCUAUCAACAUAAUGUCCGCUACCUAGGCAGCUCAUUGCUGAAAUGGGCAGUUGAACAUGACUCGGAGAUUGUUGUGGCAAGAAUGCUGGACGCAGGUGCUCCUGCAAGGAUGCCUGACCCAAAAAAUGACUACGACCCAAUUGAGAUUGCGGCAUUGAAUGGGCAAACAGCGAUUAUCCGGCUAGUCGUGGAGAGGAAUCUAGUCUCAGCGGAUCAUUCCUACCACUUGAUGCUUCUUGCGGCAGUUCAUGGUCAUGAGACUGUUGUAAAGCUCCUUCGCAUGCUAGCAAUGUCCAACUCUCCGACACAACCCUAUUCCGACUUCGCUAUGGUGAGGCAUGGUCGUAAAUUGAACGUGACGAAAAUAUUCACAGAAACAUGGGGGAGAUUCCUGUUGCCAAGUGAUAUAUCGUUUAUGUGGUCUGAGGAAUUGAGAUUGGAAGCGCGAAGAGGCCGAUUGGAAUCAGUUCGAGAACUCCUCCGGCUUGGGGCCAACCCAAAUAAGGCUGGCCCUUACGAUCACGAACCUACUGCACUUACCGUUGCUGCUAACGCUGGACACAUGGAAAUUGUUCGUUACUUGCUUGAAUUUGGGGUUGACACUGCAGAUGCCCUGGAACGUUCACGGGAAAAUCCAAUUUACCUGGCCAUUUCUAAGGGCCACAUGGAGAUUGCAAGGCUUUUAUUCCAGCAUUCGGGGCUUGGCACAAGUACCCCAGACACUGAUGACAAAAGAGCCUUUACCCUUUGCCUGGCUGCUGGCUGUGGCCUUGAAUCUCAUGUUCGACAACUUUUGAGCUACGGUCCACUGGACGAACAAUACUUGUUCAAGUUCCCAUUCGUCACGCCCGGCUUUCGCGGACCGCUUGAAGCCGCAGCAAGAAAUGGACACACGGAAAUCGCUGCUCAACUGUUGAAUGAAAGACGUGUAAAUCCACGACGAGAAUAUCCGCUACUUCACGCCGCUCAGAAAGGGCAUGAGCAUAUUGUCAAGUUAUUGCUUGACCAUGGUGCUGACCAUGAUGACGAUUAUUGCCUGGACCGAGCAUCACUGUAUGAAGCUGUUGAACAUGAAGAUGUAUUUCGGUUACUUGUUAAUCGAGGCGUUGAUCUCACAGACACAAUGUAUGAUGAGGAUGGUGAGCCUGUCACUAUAAUGUCACUAGUUAUCCGUCGUGGGAAGAUAGCGCUGGUUGAGUUGUUGCUCAACAAUGGUGUAGAAAUGGAAGAGCCGGAUGACAACGAUCUUUUACGAUGGGCAAUAGAAGGUGGACCGGCCAUGCUUCGAUACCUCCUUACCCGAGGACUUUUGACAUUCCCAUCUACCCCAAGUGAACGACAGGCUGCUGUGAUGUCUGCGAUUCGCGAUAGCCUGACAGGGUCACUCGAUGUUCUCUUGGAUCAAGGCUUUAAUAUGCCUGAGGCUUACCAUAAUCUACUUGACCAUUUUUUCGAACCUUGUUCGAUUGAAACCCUUGACAUACUCCUGAAGCACGGUAUGGAUCUCAACAAGAAAGAUCGCGAUGGGUACACGGCCUUGUUGCAUACAGUUCAAGAACCAGUCCUUCAUCACGUGAAGUAUUUCCUGGAAAGAGGCGCGGAUCCGAUCAUCGCUGGAACUGAUGGCAAGACAUCCUUGCUUCAUGCGGUAGACAAAUUGGGGGCUGCGGAUUUCAGGCUUAUGCUGCAGUCAACCAACACCCAUUCUGUACCACGGAACAAAUUGCACCAGGAAAUAUCCAGAUGUCUAGCUGCGGCAGUUGAGCGUCAGGACUGGGAUAAGGUGAGGAUGCUGGAGCGCUUCCGAGUCAAAAUCGACAUGCUGGCAAACUAGCACUGGGGUUAUUGUACAUAACAUCUGAUCCUGCGUAUAGUGCAUGGUCCGAUAGAAUUAGAAAGGAUCAUAUAGAUAUAGGCCACACCGGUUAGACGUAUAGGCCCAAAGCCGUAUUUCCAUUGCUCCAGAGAGCUGCU